AUGGGGGCGGUGAGAGAGCCCCAGAAGAAACUGAGACAGAUUGAGCAUCUGGAGAUCCACAUUUCACAAUCUUUCCCUCCAGAAGAAAGAGUUAAGGCACAGAACACGACUUCACUUCUCAUCUUCAUCCGUAGUUUUAAUAUCAGUCGUGCCAUCUCCAGGAAGGCGGAGCUCCGCACCAGAUUGGCUGAACUUCUGCUGCAGCUUUCUGGCCCCCAGCAAACUCCGGGGAUUGUGGGAGAAGGAAAACAUGAGGAGAUGAAAAAUGAAGCCACCUCUGAGGCUCUUCCGUCGCACAGCCCCUCUCCUACCAAGAUCCCCAAGGGAGAAGCAGGGCCGACAGAAGAAGACAGGCAGUCAGAAGGAGACGAUGCCGAGUUUACAUCUCUCAAAGCAUCAUGGGAGAGAGCCAAGUUUCGCUUGAGAUCGAUGGAGGGUCACAGUGACAUCAUCACCUGUGUGGUUACCGUCGACAACCUGGUGAUCUCUCUCAGUCGAGACAAAACAGUAAAGUUGUGGCCCGUUCCUACGGCAACAGAGCAGUGGAAUCUCGGAGGUCACACUGGUGGAGUCACCUGUCUGUCUGCCCCUCCGCCUGAAUACUGUAGGAGACUAGCCAAGGAUAUGUCUCCAGGAGACAAGGAGAGGUUCCUCCUGAGUGGCUCAGCAGACUGCUGUGUGAGGAACUGGGCCUUAAGUACUGGCCAGUGUGUAAAGUCCAUCUAUACCUUUAACUUGGUGACUGCUCUCUGCUUCGUGCCUGAAGGCGAUGGCUACAUCAUCACUGGAUCAGGCCGGGAGCUGGACAACUGUCAAUCAAUCAACGCAAAUGAGGAGGCUGUGACCUCUCUACAGUCCCAGGGUCCCCUGGUGUUCAGCAGCUCAGCAGAGGGUGGGGUGUCUGUGUGGGAGGGGCUCUGCACCAACCGCGACCCCCUGCAGCUGUUACAUCCUUGGGACGCAACGGUAACGGGCUGCGGGAGUCAGGGAGGUCGUUUGGCCCUCUGUCCCCGUGGUGACAGGCUCUCCAUUGCCUACGGCAGAGCCAACCUCGGGAUCCUCAACUGGAGGAUAGGCACCGUGUCAAGGCUAACCAAUCACAGCAGCUUUGCUCGAGUAACAGAUUGUGUACAUCAGACACUCCUCAUUGGCUCAUGCUACGAUUUGGCGGAUGGGGAAAGCACCUUGAACUUGUUCUCUCUACCUCUGUGCCAGUACCUGGCCUCGCCGACCUGUGCGGAUGCUCAGAGAAUCGUCUGCUUUGCGGCAUUGCUCACGGGCCGUGGGGGUCACCGCUGGGUCACCGGGGGUCGUGCCCUUACGGUGUGGGAGCAGCUCCCUAGCUCCGGGAAGCACCUUUCUGUCGGUACUCAUCUAGAUGAAUGAACACUGAACUGAUGAUUUAAUGAUUUGCAGUUUAAUAUAACUUCUUUAUGGGUGCACCUGACAAAAAGUUCACUAUUACUCAUGUGUCCCUAUCCUCACUUCUUCAUGUACUUUACACUAAACCAAUGUCAGUUGAAUAAUAUUUAUUUGUAGUUUUUGUAAAAGAGAGGGGUCUCCCUUCUUUUUUGUGUGUUUUUUUUUUGUUGGUUUGUUUAACAUGUAGGACAGUGUAGAAUAACAGGGAAGAGAGAAGAGAGUUUCUUCCGAAGUAGCAAUGGAACUGGGAUUUGAUCCCAUGCGUACAGGCUACUGACGUGAGUACCACAAGUAGUACCACAAUGGAAAUACGCCUUCGGGCUUUAUCCUGUUUUAAUCCUCCAUCAUUUUUUAUGUAUGCAAUGUUGUCUCUGGUUGUCUCUAGCAGCCUGACACUUUUAAUUAUCAAAGCAAUUCAAUUCCAUAUUUGUGCUGAGGGGGUGGUGCUAAUCAUUAGACCACCCCAGGCCACAGUUUAAAGAAUAUUAAUAAACAGUAAUAUAUAUGCAACAAUAUAACAAGAACAAUAUGGACUGUCAGUGUCAAUUUGAGCAAUAAGGCAUGAGGGGGUGUGGUAUAUGGCCAAUAUACCACGGCUAAGGGCUGUUCUUACGCACGACACAACGUGGCGUGCCUGUACACAGCCCUUAGCUGUGGUAUAUGGGCCAUAUUCCACAAAACCAGAGUUACCGUGUUGCUAUUUUAAACUGGUUACCAACGUCAUAAGAGCAGUAAAAAAUAAAUGUUUUGCCAUACCCGUGGUACACGGUCUGUCAGCCAAUCAACAUUCAGGUUUCAACCCACCCAGUUUAUAAUGGUGAUGUUGUCACAGCGAAGCGAGACAAUCGAUUGGACGCUUCCCUGAUGGAAUCAGAGGGAGAUUCCGAGGAGGACAGUGAUGGUGAGGAGUGGGGUGACAGCGGGCUGAAACACACGCACAAGUAAUAUAAAGUUGAAGUCGGAAGUUUACAUACACUUAGGUUGGAGUCAUUAAAACUCAUUUUUCGACCACUCCACAAAUUUCUUGUUAACAAACUAUAGUUUUGGCAAAUCGGUUAGGACAUCUUCUUUGUGCAUGACACAAGUCAUUUUCCAACAAUUGUUUACAAACAGAUUAUAAAUUCACUGUAUCACAAUUCCAGUGGGUCAGAAGUCUACUUACACUAAAUUGACUGUGCCUUUAAACAGCUUGGAAAAUUCCCGAAAAUUAUGUCAUGGCUUUAGAAGCUUCCGAUCGGCUAAUUGACAUAAUUUGAGUCAAUUGGAGGUGCACCUGUGGAUGUAUUUCAAGGCCUACCUUCAAACUCAGUGCCUCUUUGCUUGACAUCAUGGGAAAAUCAAAAGAAAUCAGCCAAGACCUCAGAAAUAGAUUGUAGACCUCCACAAGUCUGGUUCAUCCUUGGGAGCAAUUUCCAAAUGCCUGAAGGUACCACAUUAAUUUGUACAAACAAUAGUACGCAAGUAUAAACACCAUGGGACCACACAGCCAUCAUACCGUUCAGGAAAGAAACGUGUUCUGUCUCCUAGAGAUUAACGUACUUUGGUGCGAAAAGUGCAAAUCAAUCCCAGACCUUGUGAAGAUGCUGGAGGAAACAGGUACAAAAGUAUCUAUCUCCACAGUAAAACGAGUCCUAGAUCGACAUAACCUGAAAGGCCGCUCAGCAAGGAAGAUGCCACUGCUCCAAAACCGCAAUAAAAAAGCCAGACUACGGUUUGCAACUGCACAUGGGGACAAAGAUUAUACUUUUUGGAGAAAUUAUCUGGUCUGAUGAAACAAAAACUGUUUGCCCAUAAUGACCAUCGUUAUGUUUGGAGGAAAAAGGGGGAGGUUUGCAAGCCGAAGAACACUAUCCCAACCGUGAAGCACAGGGGUGGCAGCAUCAUGUUGUGGGGGUGCUUUGCUCCAGGAGGGACUGGUGCACUUCACAAAAUAGAUGAUAUCAUGAGGGAGGAAAAUUGUGUGGAUAUAUUGAAGCAACAUCACAAAACAUCAGUCAGGAGGUUAAAGCUUGGUCGCAAAUGGGUCUUCCAAGUGGACAAUGACCCCAAGCAUACUUCCAAAGUUGUGGCAAAAUGGCUUAAGGAUAACAAAGUCAAGGUAUUGGAGUGGCCAUCACAAAGCCCUGACCUCAAUCCUAUAGGAAAUUUGUGGGCAGAACUGAAAAAGCGUGUGCGAGCAAGGAGGCCUACAAACCUGACUCAGUUACACCAGCUCUGUCAGGAGGAAUGGGCCAAAAUUCACCCAACUUAUUGUGAGAAGCUUGUGGAAGGCUACUUGAAACGUUUGACCAAAGUUAAACAAGUUAAAGGCAAUGCUACCAAAUACUAAUUGAGUGUAUGUAAACUUCUGACCCACUGGGAAUGUGAUGAAAUAAGAGCUGAAGUAAAUCAUUCUCUCUACUAUUAUUCUGACAUUUCACAUUCUUAAAAUAAA